UCCCGCCUCUGCUGCCCCUUGUGCUCCUCACUACCUGCCGCCUGGCCACAACCCGAGCUGGAAGGCGGGUGCGCGGGCGGGCGGCGGGCACCAUGCAGGGAGGCUGCCGAAGUCCGUGGGCAGCGCUGCUCUCUGCCGCCCACCUGGCGCUGUGAGGCGCGCGCUGCCACCAUGUUCCCCAGCCCUGCGCUCACGCCCACGCCGUUCUCGGUCAAAGACAUCCUGAACCUGGAGCAGCAGCAGCGCAGCCUGGCUGCCGGGGAGCUCUCGGCGCGCCUGGAGGCCACGCUGGCGCCCGCCUCCUGCAUGCUGGCCGCCUUCAAGCCCGAGGCCUACGCGGGGCCAGAGGCCGCUGCGCCCGCCCUCCCGGAGCUCCGCGCCGAGCUGGGCCCCGCGCCCUCGCCGGCCAAGUGUGCUCCUGCCUUCCCAGGCGCCCCUGCCUUCUAUCCGCGUGCCUAUGGCGACCCCGACCCCGCCAAGGACCCUCGAGCUGAUAAGAAAGAGCUGUGCUCACUGCAGAAGGCCGUGGAGCUGGAGAAGCCGGAGGCAGACGGCGCGGAGCGACCCCGGGCGCGACGGCGGAGGAAGCCGCGCGUGCUCUUCUCGCAGGCGCAGGUCUACGAGCUAGAGCGGCGCUUCAAGCAGCAGCGGUACCUGUCGGCGCCCGAGCGCGACCAGCUGGCCAGCGUGCUGAAGCUCACGUCCACGCAGGUCAAGAUCUGGUUCCAGAACCGGCGCUACAAGUGCAAGCGGCAGCGGCAGGACCAGACUCUGGAGCUGGUGGGGCUGCCCCCCCCGCCGCCGCCGCCGGCCCGCAGGAUCGCGGUGCCAGUGCUCGUGCGCGACGGCAAGCCCUGCCUAGGGGACUCGGCGCCCUACGCGCCAGCGUACGGUGUGGGCCUCAACGCCUAUGGCUACAACGCCUACCCCGCCUACCCGGGUUAUGGCAGCGCGGCCUGCAACCCUGGCUACAGCUGCGCCGCUGCUUACCCAGCCGGGCCGCCCCCGGCGCAGUCGGCUACGGCCGCCACCAACAACAACUUCGUGAACUUUGGCGUCGGGGACUUGAACGCGGUGCAGAGCCCCGGGAUCCCGCAGGGCAACUCAGGAGUGUCCACGCUGCACGGUAUCCGAGCCUGGUAGGGAAGGGCCCUACCUGGGGCGCCCCGACCGAUCCCAGCUCUAGAGAGGGACACUAAGUCUCGGGGGAGGGAGGACCCCUGACGUGUCUCCACGUCCCUUGGAUUUCACAUUCACUCCCGCAGGGGCCUCGGAGCUUUUUCCGUCCCCGGCGCCUUUGUCCCCAAGCGCGGGAGAGUUUGUGGCCGCGUUUACAGAGCUUGCGGCGAUUGAUCUCGCAGUCUGGUGCCUUAGCCGUCGCCCCCAGAGUGCCCUCCAAACGCCCACGGGCACCCCCAACCGGCUGAACAUGGGCCGUUGGGACUGGGAGCCCGGGUGCAGCUUUCUUCGAGCCUGGGCCCGGCGCCCGGGCCCUUGCCGCCUUACCGCCGCCCACCCACCCUAUUUAUGUUUUUACCUGUUGCUGUAAGAAAUGGGAA